CAGAGGUGUUUCGGUGCGGCGUUUGAAUUUUAGGCAGAAGUUUCAAACCCAAGCGUCGGAUAGACCGUGGUAUAAAGGGUGAAAUAAAGUUUAGAAGCGUUUAAAUAGCGAUUAACGAUUGUGUAAAUCUCACCGGAGACUUGCGGCGGAAGGACAGGAUGAGGAAGAGUGAGAUCCAUGCUGCAGAGUCUGUAGCAUGUCUGAACAAGGCUCUCAAUGAGUUAAAGGACAUUUGGGAGGAGAUCGGGAUCCCAGAGGACCAGAGGCUUCAGCGAACGGAUGCCGUUCAUAUGCAUAUCAAGAACUUGCUAGAUAUGAUGAUCGCCGAGGAGGAGGGGUUGAAGAAACGCUUGCUGAGCAGUAUCGAAACGUGCAGGAAAGAGGUGACCAGCCUGUGUAAUGAACUUCAGGUGCAGGAGUGUCGGGAGGAGGAUGGUCUCACGAUGCUGCAGGUGGAGAAAGAUCUCCGUACACAGGUCAAGAUGAUGCUAAAAGAGAAAAGUGCUCGUCAGAACGAGCUGAAGUCUCUGAUUCAGCAGGAUCAAGAUCUGUGUGACAUCCUGUGUGAUGACCUCUUCCCCAUCCACCCCGAACGAGUGCCGUCACAAGAGCAGCUGCAGAACUACAGACAACACAUCAAUACCCGUAACCAGGAGAAGGAGCGCCGUCAUGCCGAGUUUGUGGAAAUGAAGCGUCAGAUCACAGUGCUGAUGGAGGAUUUGGAACAGCAUCCUGACACCUCCUUUGAGAAAGAUGCUGUGUGUGAAGAUGAAGAUGCUUUCUGCCUUUCUGUGGAAAACCUCAGCUCACUAAAAGUGUUACUGCACCAGCUGGAGAGCAGUAAAGCUGAAAGUGAAGCGCUGUGUGUGUCCACCCGUGGUCGUAUUGAGGAGCUGUGGGAGAUGUUGCAGGUUCCUGAGGAGGAAAGGGAAAGUUUCAUGCCAAACACCCACACUAGCGCGAAGAGCAGACUGAACGCACUGCAGGCAGAGCUUCAGCGAUUGGUGGAGCUGAAAAAGCAAAACAUUGAGCGUGUUAUUCGCACAAUCCGAUCAGAGAUUGUCAAGUUUUGGGAAAAAUGUUACUACAGCCCGGAGCAGAGACAAGCCUUCACUCCCUACCACAGUGAUGAUCUGGAUGAGGAGGUGUUGCGUGAACAUGAGCUGGAGUUGGAACGAUUGAAGCAAGAUUAUGCCGAGCACAGUGAGAUGUACGACGCCGUUUCCACCUGGAGCAGCAACUGGACUCUCUAUCGGGAGCUGGAGAAAAAAGCCACAGACCCCUCACGCUUUAACAACAGAGGAGGAAACCUGCUGAAAGAAGAGAAGCAGAGAGUCGACCUGCAGAAGAGUUUGCCAAAGCUGGAGAAGAGUCUGAAGGCUCAGAUUGACCAAUGGGAGGCGACGCACUUUAAAGAGUUCCGUGUGAAUGGACAGCCGUUCCUGCAGUAUGUGGAAGACCAGUGGAAUCAACACCGCAUGGAGAAAGAGAGAGAAAAACAGGAACGGCAAAUGAAGAAAAUAAAGCAGACGGAGGAAGAUCUGCUUUAUGGCACCAUCAUCAGAACCCCAACCAAGAGGAGACUCGCUGGAACCCCAACACCUGGAAAAACACGCAAGCUGAUCUCCACCUCUAGCAUGUGUAGCUCCACCCCCAACACAACACUCCGUUCCAUAUGCCCCUCCCCUUCUCUAAGGCCGCCCCUUUCCUCCAGCAAGUUGGGUGCGCGGACACCUGCCCGUGGCCGAACCCCUCGUGGUCUGGAGAAGAAUAAGGAGAAUAUUUCCCAUCUGAGCGGAGCUUUGCGCACGAUGGCCGCCAGUCCUCAAAGAAACUACUCCAUAACAUCCGUGGCCUCCUCCUACUCAGAGUUUGCGAAGGAUUCUGAAUCCACUGCAGCGUCCAGCGGGAGCUUUCAAAUGCUUCUAAAUCCAACGUCAAGACUGGAGUUCUGAACUCUACCAUCACACGCUAAACUCGGUGGAUCGAGGGUGAACUGAUGGGCUUCAGUGAAGAUGAAAAAAUACUUUUAUGGAGAUACUGAAUGUAAAUCAAGUUUGACUUUACUAAAGAAUUGUAAAUAUUUUAGCUCUGCUUUUUACUAUUUUUCUCUUGACCUCUUUUUUCCCUUUAUUUAAUUUCCAUUUUAUGAGUUUUGAACAAAUUAUUCUCUGUCUUUGGGUUUGACUCUACCCUGCAGUUUUUAUAAAAACUCCAGUAACACUGAUCUUAGACCUCUAAUAUGGAUUUUUAUUGUUUAUACUCAAUGGCAUUUAGACGAAUUACAGACUUUUUUACUAAUUGCACAGUGCACUACGUUUACUCAGCAUUACUUCUUUGAAAUUGCUGCUACUUUGGUGGUUGGCAUCCUGUAAAUAAAUGUUUGUUUUCA